ACCUAAGCCGUUCAUCUUAGACUUUGAGUCAGAGUUUGGGUGUCGGCUUCUGCUUUGUUCUGUUCGGCUCGGAGGCUCCUCUUCAUGAUAUGGAGGUCAGACCAUCAAACACUGAUACUAACACUCUCGCCGCACCCACAAAUGCUACGCCGGAUGCACGAGCCAACAGUUUACAAAGAUAUCCAGCCACAACCCAUUUCACAGUGUUACUAGCACUGUUUUUGACACCACUUGCUGCAGUGCCAUAUUUGCUCUCCAAGAGACGCAUCUCCGCUCUGUCCGGGAGGUUGGACGAACUCUCAGCCACAACCAUUGCUUUGCGGAAGGAAUUAAAGACUUCUGCGACUGAGAAUACCACGCGGAAGGUGGAAUUACAUCACACCUCAGCCUCACUUGAGGCUGCAAGGUCAGAACUCAUUCAGCUGCGCCGCAGUCUCAAACAGCUUCGUACGGAAUGCGAUACGUCAGAGAUAACGACGCGGGACGCUCUGAAGCAGCUUCUUGAAGAGAGAAAGCUGACCAGCGAACGCCUGGCACUUCUCCCCCAGCUGGGCACUUCGCUGGCUGAUGUCGCUGCAUUCAUGUAUGAAGUAGAGUUACAUCACGGUAUCACGUCAAGCGUCAUUGAUGGUCAUGGUGUGGAAAGGCUUCGCCGACUUGCACUCAAAUUCCAGAUAGCGCAGUCGGAGAGGCCGAGGUAGCCACCUACAAUCAUCAACCACAUAUCCCUACUUCAGUGGGGAGAUUCGUAGGAUGGUUCCUGAGUUGAUUGUGAUGAACUAGGAAGUCUGGAUAGCUGUAUGAUACAUUUCGUGGUGUACCGAUAUCUGAGUGCACUAUAUCAUAUAUAUAUUGCGGGCCACGUCAGUACUUGCGAGGUCGAGUAAACCUGUUAUAUCUUGAUCUUUGAUUACAACAAUGGCAAAGCAUCUUCAA